UUGAUCUCGGAGUUCCACGUGGGGAAGGGGGGGGGUGCAGCUUGGAGCUCGCAGAGUGAACGAGCUGCUGCGCUCCAAUGGGCCCCGAGUCGCGGGGGGUCGCCGUGGGCCGGCUGGCCCUGGCCGGGGGCCUGGCCGGCAUCGCCGUCUACUGCUGGUACCGCUCGCGCAGGCAGCGGCCGCAGCCCGGCCCAGAAGAAGCACGUCCCGUGCGGACUGCGGCCAGCCUGGAGACGCGCGACGAUGGGCCGCACCGGAGCCGCACAGCUGCUGCUGCUGCUGCCGCCGCCUCCACGAGCACCCCGCCAGCCGCCAGCCGCGAGCUGCACGCGUUGCUGGGGGCGCUCCUGGCUCCCCCCGGCACGGACACGGCGCCGCUGCGGCGGCGAGUACUCGUCACCCUCGCGGGCCGCGCAGCCUUCACCGCCGCCCAGGAGGAGAUCCGUGCGGUCGGGGGCCUGCCCGUGAUCGUGGGCUGCAUCUCCAACGAGGACGCUGGCGUGCGAGAGCAGGCGCUAAACACGCUGAACAACCUCGCCAUGAACAUGGCCAACCAGGAGGUUCUGCAGGAGUACAUUCCUCAGGUGGUGCGAACGAUUGCCGGCAGCGACGCUCACCCCGACGUUCAGGUGGCCGGCCUGCGUCUCCUGACCAACCUGACCGUCACGGACCAGUACCACGGCCAGUUUGCGGGGACGCUGCCCAACCUGUGGCCCCUAAUCGACAGCGACAACACGCAGCUACAAGCCCUGAAGCUGUUUGUGAACCUGUCUGGGAAUGCCGACAUGAAAGCAGAAAUUCUCAGCCUGCCGGUGGCGAGCUCCUUUCUGAGGCUGCUCGAGGCCGUGGGGAGCGUGGAGGUCACGAGCCGCGUCCUCUUCCUGCUGAAGAACCUCGCGGCGACGACGGGUGAGGACGGUGCGGAGCCGGGCUCACUGCGCGCGCUGCUGUUGGACGGGCGCACCGAGGUGUGCGCCAGCGUCUACCGGCUCACGCGCCACGAAGACGACGGCCUCAGAGAGACGGCCUCCAGCGUCCUGGGCAGCUUCGUGACGUAGCUGCGCGGCGAUCGGCCUUCUCGCUCAACUUACAACGCAGGUAGCCAUCGCUUGAGUCCAGGUUUGUUUUUGAGGUUGGGCCACGUAGUGGUAGUUUUACACAAUUAUUGUCGUUAAACCUCCACCACCCGACGCGAUUGUCGUAUUUGCAAAGUUGUUAUAACGCUACUGCCAGCAUCGCCCGCAAUGUUUGUGAAGGUGAUAGUUUUGUAGGGUGGUGGAGGGUUAAUGACAAGAAUGUGUAUGUAACUACCACUACGCAGCCCAACCCAAAAAUAUGGAUCAGCCUUCUCCCUUCAUGGCAUCCAUGCCGGUCGGCAAAAGUAAAGUACAAUAGAUUUUACUGCACUCUCCUCUUCUGACUGCAUCGUAACUCCCCAAGUGCGUGUACCGAUUACGUUUACACGACAGAAUCUUGAGAUGCAGUUGUGUAGCGGUGCUUCACAAACGCCAUGGAUCGCCGUUUAAGCCCCGUUGUUACCUCACGUGCAUGGGGUCGGCCACAGGGGUCACUUGAAGGUAUCUCGGAGGUAGCUCUGUGAAAGCGUGGGUUGUUCUCUCACGAGAAGGGUUGCACACAGCUGUCUGAGUUUUCAAGUGGCACAAUGGAGGGAAUUUUUUUUUUAAGAGAAGACAUGGCUUAGAAGAGUAGGUCUACCACCAACAACCACACCACUACAAACUCAUUUCCACGAACAUUUAUUAAAGUUUAACAUUCUUUUUAAAAAAAAACCCCGACGACCGCUUCAAUAUAAAAAAAAACCUGAAACACAUGUUUCUUGUGGUCGUAAAAUAAAUCUGCAGGGGUGGCGGCUUACAGCACGACGGAUGGAGGGAAGGGGGCAAAGCCUGGUCAGACAGGUCCAAGCCACCAAGUAGAUGGCUCUGAAUGGAGAGGCCCACCAGCACCUGGGCGUAUCUACUGCUCUCCGAAUAUCCACAGGAUGUUGACGCCAGACAUGCCCAGGUUCGCCCGUCUGUGGAGACAAAGGGGGGGGGGGGGGGGCAGCGGUUAGCAAUGCACAAGACGCGGUCUUCAGAAAUUCUGUACCUGCCCUGCGAGUGUUUCCAAAAUCUCUAAUCACCUUUAGCACACUUCACUUGCAGGCAAAUUAAGUCGUGAUGAUGAUCGUGAAUUGUAAGUGUUUGAAGUAAGCCUUAAAAGAACCUAAAACUUUAGGAUGGCCGUAAGUGAAUCCAAUUCACCUUUCGACUGUUACCCAGGUUCAGUAGUUUGUUGCUAUUAGGAUUGUAGGCAUCGACUCAACAAUAUUUAUACCCAAUUUUAGAGUUCUGGCCCUUCUGUAGCAAUGAGUAGCAUUUGCAUUAGGAACGAUCAUCUAAUACAUGACACUAUUAGCCACAGUUAGAUCCCAGAUAAAUUCACAUUGGAAUGGACACUACCACCAUUGACCUGUACCAAAAAAGACAAAGAUCCCCCGUGUAACCUUAACAGACUGUUGGGGCAAGUGCUGUUAGCGAACACCUGUGAAGGGCACCACGGCACACGAGGGGGGUGGCCAGCACCACACCAGGCCGCCUUUGUCUCCCGAGUGGCGAUGUUUACACACUGCACCAGGUACUCAUUUGAAGCUGAGUCAACCUCGGGGAGGCCUAGAUAAUCGUCACUACUGUUGACCAUGAGUGGGAAUCAGACCCGAGUCGCCGGGUUCAUAGCGUAGCUUGCUAACUGCAACACUACCUGUACCAAUAAAGAACAAGAAUACAUA